CUUUCCCUCUGUGUUUUUCUCCAGAGACUUACAGUUUUUGAACACCACACUGUUCUUACCUACUGGCCCUCCACCCCACACACACGAAAAGAGAGAAGCACAGUCUGUUGGAUCCCCAGAAGCCAUGUCUCCUCUGCGUGUACCCCUAUUGGCCGUACUGGUCAGUAUGGCACUGUGCCAGUAUUAUGAUUACGACUACGAGCCUUUUCCCCUGUUAGGACCCUCAGGGCCCGGUUGUAAUCAAGAAUGCGACUGCCCAAUCAACUUCCCCUCCGCCAUGUAUUGUGACAAUCGGAAGCUCAAGUUUGUUCCCAUAGUCCCAACAGGGAUCAAGUACCUGUACCUCCAGAACAACCAGAUUGAAGCGAUCAAGGCAGGAGUGUUUGAUAAUGUUACUGCUGAUCUUCGCUGGCUUGUACUUGACAACAACUACAUCACUAAUUCUAAGAUAGAAAAGGGAACAAUCGAUAAACUCACUGCCCUGGAGAAGCUAUUCUUCAGCUAUAACAACCUCACAGAGCCAGUCAUCCCUCCCUCAAAGGUGCUAGAAGAGCUGAAGAUAAUGCACAACAAGCUGUCCAAGUUCCCCUCUGGACUUUUGACUGACAAAGAAAAUUUGACCUCGAUCAACCUUCAGAACAAUCAGCUAACCUCUGAUGACAUCGCGGGGGCAUUCAAAGGGCCGAAGAAACUGAUGUCCCUGGAUGUGAGCCACAACAAGCUGAAGAAGCUGCCAGCCGGUGUCCCUUCUUCACUGGAAAUCCUCUAUGCUGACUACAAUGACAUUGACAGUGUCGGAGCUGGAUACCUGAACAAGCUGCCUUCGCUGCAGUACCUAAGGAUCUCCCACAACAAGCUGGUGGACUCCGGGAUCCCUGCUGGAGUGUUCAACGUGUCGUCACUGGUGGAACUGGACCUUUCUUUCAACAAGCUGCAGUCCAUCCCUGAGAUCAACCAGAAGCUGGAGCAACUCUACCUCCAGGCCAAUGAGAUCAACAAGUUUGACCUGGCAAGUUUCUGCAAGUUCAUUGGACCCGUCAAUUAUUCCAAUCUGAAGCAUCUGCGUCUGGAUGCCAACAACGUCACAAUAAGCAGCAUGCCCCCUGAAUCCUCCAACUGCCUGCGUUUGGCUUCAGAUAUCAUGUUUGAAUAAGGACUUCCCUCAAUUGUAUUACCUUUCCACAACCCCCCUCUCUACUAUCAUGACACAGCUCAGCCCAAAGCCUUGUGGAUUUAAAUGUCAUAAUAUCCCACUUUUUAAAGUACUGAUACAUCCUUGCACUUCUGACAUAAGUCUUAUGCAAAUCUGGGGUAUUGUAAUGGCAUCUUCAUCAAAUAAAUAUAUAUCUCGAAAAAUUCUAAAGCUGGGCAAAUUUUAGAUACAAUACAUAAAUUUGAAAAUGUUUAAGUAACAUAUCCCACAAAAUAUGCAAUCAGAUUGUUAAAUUCAUUAAACAUCAAGCAAGUGUUCCAAAUAUUGGUCUCUGAUUCAUUGUAGAUAUGAAUGAAUGAAUGUUCUAAUUGUUAAAAUAAACAUGAGGGCUAAAAAGAGGAAAAAAGACAAUAAAACUAUAAUAGACAAUAUAAAAAGUAAAUUACCAAAAGUUCUAUGAAUAGAAAUUAAUUCAUAUGCUUUGAUUAAAAACACACGCUUUAAACAUUCCAAACUUGCAUUUGAUUAUAUUGAAUACAGACAUAAUGGAGUAAACAUUAGCUAAAGUUCUCCAAUGUCUCAAUUCAGUUGUAGUGUAAUUUUGUUGUCUGUCUUGUAUGUUUCCAGUGUUUAGCAUGUAUAAUAUAAUAUGGGUAAAAUAAUGAAUCCAUUGCUGUGCAAAGGACCAGCAGACAAGGAUUGCGUACUCAGUGUGUUAUGCCUAAGUGAGAAAUUAUGAUCUAAUUGUAAAAUAUCAGUUACAUUGCAGUCAAAAUUUCAGUAUCUUAAAUGUUUUUUUAAAGGAAAAUACCAGUGUUAAUUACUUGUGUCUGUUAUUUUUAACCCACUUUAAACUUGCAUGAAGGAUGCCCCAGUGCAAACAACAGGAUGUCCCACUGGCCAACUUCUUUGAUUUUCUAACCAGUGGUGAAAUAAGAUAUAUCCAUUGUCUGUAGGGAAAUAACUUCCCAAUUCAUUGAAGGAAUAACUUCAAACCCAACUAAAGCUGGAUUUUAUUUCUGCAGCCUUUCUUGGAAAGUAAAAUAAUUGACACAAGUAUAACAGACACAGGCAUUAUCCUCAAAAGUAAAUAUUUCUUAUGCUGAAUUUCUUUCUUUUUCAGAAAUCACGAGUCUAAUUGUUUCUACACAUUACUUAAUUCCUAGCUGUCUGCUGUCAUGCACAUUGCUGAUUUGUAUACAACAUUUGCAUUCCUUGCAUGCAUCCAAUGGUAACAUUCUUUGAUAAUAAACUAUAGCUUUUGCAGUUAAGGUGCUCUCAUUGUUACGUUGUUGUUUACCAUAAUUGAAAAAUACUUUUUAACAAUACAAAGUCAACUUGGCAGGAAUUUUGAUUGAAGUCAUGUCAUCAGAAUAUCAAAUUUUGUUUAGGUUUAAAUUUGUAAUUUUAUCGUGAUUUCUCCUGGACCUUGGACUCAGUAUCUGCUCUUGAAUUUACUGUGAGGAAACCAAACACAGUUAAAUAAACUAUGUUUCCAAAACAUUUGUAUGAUAUCACUUUUUAAACCUGCUGUAAUUAAUUUCUAGCAUGUAUGAAAAAGCCAUCUUAUAUAUGCUGACAGGAACAUUGUGCUUAGAAAUUUAAUUUCUGUACUAAUUUAGAUAUAUAUACAUUUAUAUAUAUAUUUGGCUGGUGAAAUAAAACCAUUAGUUACACUGUAUAAAGUGUUUAAAGUAAAUUAAGUAACCAAAUUUGGCUAUUUUCUGCAAAUCCCUUUAUUGAUGUCACCGACUACACAGUUAAUUUACUGCACUCAGACCGGGAAUGCUAAGAAUCUUAUCAAUCUGUAAUGGUUUGAAACACACUGGUGAAAAUAUAAAUGAUUAACAUUAGAACUCCUCUUUAAGAGUCUGGUUCCAGGAAAAAGCUGAAGCCAAGUGAAAGGAGCCAACAAGCAAAACAACAUUCAAUCUACAGUUAGUCUUGUCCAUAGAGAUAGUACAGUAUAUCAAGCAGUUAAGAUGUGUCGUAGCAGAUUUCACUCUGUGGAGUGUGCUGUACUACUUUUGGCAUCAUCCAUCUGCCUUUCUGGCAUAUAUGUUUGUGAAGAAGUCAUAUUCUUUGCCAUGAUUUACAAAAGAUAAAAGUAGAGAUUUUAAGAUGGAUGGAAGAUCCUUUUAUUUAUUCUCCAAAGCCUGUUAGUGUGUUUUGGAUAUACUGUUUAUAUUCAUUACCCAGCUGUUUUCAAAGCUCCCCACACCGUGGUCUUCAUUUUCAUUUUGUAUUCCUCGGUUUUGACUUUGUGUCUCUCAAGUAAUUCAUUUUCAGAAGCUACAUAAAGGACCUAUCGUCUUUGUUCACUCCCACAUUUCAAUGUAGCUUGAGUCAAACAAAAACUGCUGGUCCAUGAGGGAUGCAGGGGUUGCAGGGUUUUACUUGAUACUGCAGCUUUAAGAUAUUUUCUGUGUAAAUCUACCCUUUCGACUGUCUCAGACAGGAACCACAAAUUCUCGGUGAAAGUUCAAAAAGUACUAUAUUUGGUCUAUACAGCUUCAAUACAAACAGUGAAUGUGUCCUUAACAGAGGAUUGCCUUACUGUACUGUUUCCCAUAAGAUCAUUUUUGUCUUCAUAUUUGGCUUG